GACGAACGGAGCUAAACUGGAGAAGCCCAAGGAAAUCCCUACCACGAUAUUUCACUAGAAGCCAACCUAAUUUCAAAGCUUUGGACCUCACAAGCCCUUGGCUCAAAAACUACGAAAGUUGUGAAUACAUUAAUGUGGCUAUUUGCCUGGUGUUUUUUCGAAGAAAAUUUGUGAUACAAAUGGAGUUCCAGGAUUACGCGUUUUCUAUGCCAACAUGCUAUCAAUUGGGAAUACCAAACGAGAACUCUCCAAUGACUCAAUAUCAUCAGCCUUACCACUAUGCGCCACAAGUAGCGAUGCCUAUUCCACAUCCUCUAUAUGACUAUAAUCUCGAGCCAGCGUUCAUUCGGAAACGAAACGAAAGAGAGAGGAUCCGCGUUCGACAUGUUAACGAAGGAUACGCAAGACUCAGGGAGCACUUACCCGAAGAACCUACAGACAAACGCAUGUCCAAAGUAGAAACUUUAAGAGCAGCGAUACGAUAUAUCAAACACCUCGAGAGUCUUCUUGAAGGAGAAUCAACAGAAAAUACCGAAGAAAAUGACAAGUACGAACAAAAAAAUCAAGAAAACCAAUCUUGAAUCGUUUGUUGUGAUUGAACAACAAUAAAAAGAUAUAAAUAUAUAUUAUACAUAUAUUAAAUACGGAUUUAAAAUGUUCCACAAGGUAUUUAAGCACUUCUGGAUUCACCAAAAGUAACACUGAAAGCAGAAAGACUUAUAUGGAAAGGAAGACUUGUGUGUGUUUAUCGUUUGUCUGUUAGAAAUUAUUUGUAAAAUUAGAUACAUUAGCGACCGGAGAGCUCAUUUGUGAUGUUAAAAAAAUCAGUUACAUUUUGUAAAAACGAUACAUAUAUUUAAAAAAAACAACAAAACCAGUUGGAAUAUCAUUAAAACACAUGAAAUAUA